AUGAACGCGUUGGUUGAUGACCUGGAACACGCAAGUAUUUAUAGAAAAGGUCCGGAUGAUAGUGAAGAAAGCGAUGGUGAGGGUGGUCUCGGCAACCUCAAUCGUCUGAUCGUUCGUCCACCAGGCCACAGUGGAAAAGCGAAGCGUGGCCAUCUCUGCUUUGACGCAGCAUAUGAAUGCGGUAACUUGGGCCGUGCUGAUCAUAUAACCGAACUGGAGUAUGACCUAUUCAUACGACCUGAUACAUGCCGACCAAGGUCUCGGUUCUGGUUCAAUUUUACUGUGGAGAACGUUAAACAAGACCAGAGGGUGAUAUUCAACAUUGUUAAUUUGGGAAAAGAAUUUACGCUUUACAACUGUGAAAUGACACCGCUUGUUCGAUCUACAUCACGACAAAAAUGGCAAAGAAUCCCUAGGCGUUUAUUAUUCUACCAUCGCUCUAUAGUACAUCGUGGACGAAAAAUACUAAGCUUCGCCUUCGGAAACAUCUUAGUAUAUGGGAAAAGAAAGCGCAGGAGUUUGCUAAAAGGGAGUCAAUUGCACAGACUACACAAAAACACAAAGAAACGUGUCGUACUUCUAUUGGCCCGUUCACAUGGUGGUGAACCGCCGUCAUCUUAUAUUUGUCAAGGUUUUCUUGAUUUCCUUGUAAGUUCAUCGGAAAAAGCGGUGGCUUUGCGCAACGAAAUCGUUAUACAGGUGGUUCCAAUGCUGAACCCCGAUGGAGUCUUUCUUGGCAACCAUCGAUCUGAUCUCCUGGGCUCUGAUUUGAACAGGUGUUGGAAUACAGCGACUAGUUUCGCCCACCCAGCGCUCAUUGCAGUCAACGAUCACAUCAAGAAGAUCACCGCGGAAAAAGGUCUUCAAUUGGAUUUCAUCAUUGACUUGCAUGCGGAUGUUAGCCACGAGGGUGUUUUUGUGAGAGGAAAUUCGUAUGACGACGUGUACAGAUUUGAACGCCACGCAGUUCUGCCCAAGUUCAUGGCGAUGCGAGUUGAAGCAUGGCAAUGCGAGUCGUGUUUGUACAAUACAGAUGCGCUUUCAUUGGGCAGUGCCCGUAGAUCUUUGCCCAUGGGGGCAGUAGACGCGUACACAUUGCUCGCAUCUAUGGGUGGGCGAAGGAUUACACCUAGGGGGCCGUAUCUGCACUAUACGGAAGAUGCUUAUACAAAGAUAGGUCGAUCGUUAGCGAAGGCUCUAUGUGAUUACUACAGACACAUAGCGGUUAUACCACCUCGAAUGGGAGCAACUUCUAAGAAGAAGGAACCUCGCGGCAGACGCCAUCGGAAACGACCUGCAUAUGAGCGGAAAAGAUCUCCUAGUUCUUCACCCGAGCGUCGAGUUCUAGCUACAAGGAUGCUAUCCCCAUCCUUGCCCAUCGCUUCACCACUCCUUAAGGCUUUACCGCCACGAACUGCGCGAAAUCCAUCAAUAAGAACAAGGCCGAAGACUGUUAACAUGGAAAAUACGUUGCCUAUGAUACAAGGUACAGCAGUGCGAACUCCAAGAUUGGCGGUCGUGGACCUAAGCGCGUACAUACGCACUCCAACCUGCCGCGACCCAAGAUAUCGACAGAGACUAGCACGCCCACCGCGCCCUACUCAUCCACGGUUCACGAGCGACGAAUAUGACACUCACGAAUCAACAGAAUAA